AUGAAUUUUGUGAACUUAACUUUGAACAGGAAUUUAUCAAGUAGUUCUGCUAAGAAGGAAUUAGGAUCAGCUCUACUGUCAGUUUUAGAAGACUUGAAAGUUAGAUAUGUGAACUUGAAAGAAAAGAUAAACAAGGGUAUACCACUAGAAGAGCUGCCUCCACUGUCGGUAGAAUCAAAAUUAUUAUCUACCUUCUCUGCUUUUGCAUCCAGGCUAAUGAAAGAAGAAUCACAUAUCUUUUCAGGAGCAGAUUCUGAACUAGAUAAUCAAAGUACACGUGAUGUUGAUGGUUCUUCGAGCCUGAAAAAGACACUCUCUCAAAUGUCUCUGUUACCUGACAGUAGUCAUCCUAAACAAGAUACAUCACCCAAGGAGGAUGGUUUAAAAAAUGGUGACAUAGAUAUAGACUUUAGUCAACUAAAACUUGAUGAUAAAGACGCCAAAAAUUACCGAGAAAUAAGUGAAGACUGGUUUGAUGCUAAAGAGAACGUGUCUGGAGCCGACUUCUCAGAAAUACAAGAAAAUCAAAUAGUACAAGACAAAGGGGAUCCGAAGUUUACACUAGAAAUGAAGAAUGUUGGACCCUUACGAAGAGAUAAAGGUUACUUGAUACAUGUUGGUAGUCUCUGCCCUUCAGUGUCUGAGGCUGAUUUAAGGUCUCAUUUCCAGAAAUAUGAAAUUUCUGACAUUUCAAUUUAUGAUUCUUCUCCUAAUUACAGAUAUGCAUCUCUUGCUUUAAAAAAAAACAGUGAUGCAAAGCUGGCUGUGAAAGAAAUGAAUGGUAUAGAAAUAAAUGGGAAAUCAGUAAAUGUGCGGCUUGUCAAAACUCCUGGAGAAUAUACAUCACCACUUUCGUCCAGAAAUGGAAAUAAAGUUAGUUUCAAUAAUUUGGAGAAAAACAUCAGCAAAGAAAUCAACUCAGCCUCCUCUAUUUCUAGAUUGCCUAGAACUAGGCCGAGGCAGCAGCUGGGAUCUGAGCAAGACAGUGAGUUUUUCCCUUUUGACCAAAAGGGUGUCAAGAAGAAUUGUAAACAGAUUGAAUCCACUAAAUUACUACCUGAUGCACCUGUUCAAUUUGUACCUCCAAAUACAUUGAACCUGCGUAGCUUUACCAAGAUCAUGCAGAGACUGGCUGAACUACAUCCGAAAGCUGGCAGAGAUCACAUUAUAAACGCUCUUCAGGAGGUUAGAAUGCAUCAUAAAGGCUCUCUCAGUGGCCUGUCUGUUAAUGCUAUUGUGAGAAUGACUUCCUCUGUUUUGGAAAACUCUGCUUCCGGUUAG